UAAUACACUUGUUCUGACCAACAAAACGUUCUUGCCUUCUUGGAUAAGAAAAGAUUACCGGUAAGCUGAGAAGAAACGCCCGGAGGGAAGGAGCACCCGACCGGCAUAGCGACAAAAGGGCUGAUAAUUUACGACGCAUGAGUAUCUCUGCAGCUGUCACACUCGCUUCACUUCCUCAUCUUGCUGAAGCUUAUUCUUCUCCUUCAUUCCCGACAUCCACGACUUUGUUUUCUGGAGAUAAUCAUCCCCACUCUUAUAAGUGGCGCUUGGUCAUUGCCUACGAUGGAACCCGAUUUUCAGGUUGGCAAUAUCAACCAUCAAUUCCAACGGUUCAGAGCAUAUUAGAACGGCCUUUAACUCGAAUUACAAAACUGGAGCACAAAGAUCUUCACUUGGUAGGUGCAGGCCGAACAGAUGCAGGAGUUCAUGCCUGGGGUCAGGUUUGCUUUCAUUUCCAUCGGCUUAAACUCACAUGAGUUUAGAGUGCCUGUUUGGUGGCACACUUUAUUACACCUUUCAACUUUGACACACUGGAUGGUAUCCACAGAUCAAUAAAUGCUCUUCUUCCUUCUGAUAUUAGAGUCAAAGAAAUCAGUGCGGCUGCUCAUGAAUUCCAUGCUCGUUUUUCUGCUAUUUGCAAAACUUACGAGUACAAGAUUUACAAUGACACCAUUUUGGACCCCUUUCAGAGGCUAUAUGCUUACCACAGUGAGUAUAAACUUAAUGUUAAUGCCAUGAGAGAUGCUGCAAAGUAUUUCAUAGGGAAGCACGACUUCUCAGCUUUUGCCAAUGCAUCUCGGGAUGACCGAGUGAGAGAUCGGGUGAAGAACAUCCUCCACUUUGAUGUAAUUGAAAUGGGACCUAUAUUGCAGCUUAGAGUUGAAGGAUCCGGUUUUCUUUACAGACAAGUUAGAAACAUGGUGGGUUUGUUGCUUCAAGUUGGAAGGGAAGCAGUUCCACCUGAUAUUGUUCCCAAGAUUUUGGAAACUUGCGAUAGAAAGCAACUUGCAAAGUAUGCAUUGUCACUUCCACCACAUGGUCUGUGUCUUCGAGCUAUCAAGUAUAAAGAAGAACAUCUACAUCUUCCUCUGGGUAGCCCGGUUACCAGUUUUGGUAUGCAUCAUAGCAUAAAAACAUGCAAGCUUCCAUGCUCAUAGGGCUGGCUGGUGCUGACGUGCCCCUCAAGUAUGAGGUUCAUUCACUCAGUUCUUUAUGUGAAUGAUGUAUGCUUUGAAAGUUGACAUUGAUCCUUCUGGGGUUAAUGCGUACAUUGAUCCUUGUGGGUAGUGGAUAGGGGUCGAACUGGUCGUUGACACCGAUAAUUAGUCUAAACUUUUGGAUUCUCUUUUAAAGCUUAAGUUCUUUAUUUGAAAAUUUUGGAUUUUCUUUAUUCAUAAUAUUAGAGAUAAUUGAGUAGCUUGCACUCA